UCUUGCUGGAAUGUGAACAUCAUUUUCCAGGAAAACAAAUUACUUGGAAGUUGCCAUCUCCACUCAUGAAUCGUGACGCCACAAGAAACAUUAAAAAAAUAUUAAAGAAAACUCGAGGAGCAGCUAAAUUUCCACACCACAGUGUGGAAACUCGAGGCAGUAAGUUUCCGUACCUUUUCCGAAAGGACUUGGAAGCCUCAAUAUAUAUAUUUAUAUGUAUGCAUAGCGUUCCUCAUUUUAAGCCACCUUCUGCACUUGCUUGUCCACUUAACAUGGGGAAUACUGUGGAAGAUAAAGCAGCCAGCCCCAUUUCGCUUGUUGCCAUUCUUUUAUGUCGGAGAGUACUACUGGAUUGGAUCCUAAUAUUUGAAGACUUUUACUCAAGUUUUCUGGGUAUAAUCCAAUUCUUCACAUACUUUCUUCAUCGUGUAUGGAAAGUUUGUGUUGAAUGUACAACAACAUGUGCAGAAGCUCCAACUCAGAAACUUUCCAGCAAUGGAAAUGAUAAAGAAUCAUCGACCCCAAAACUAUUGUCUUGGGAAAAUGUUGAUGAUGAUAAUAAAUUGUCCAUUGGAGAAGUGAAAAUGAUGAUGGAGAAACUGGGAACCUCAUGUGACGUAGAGGAUCAUGAGAAUUAUGCAGCACUGUUUGAGGAGGAGCCAAGCCCAGAGGAAGUGAAAGAAGCUUUUGAUAUGUUCGAUGAAAACAAUGAUGGGUUCAUUGAUGCAGGGGAGCUGGAAAAAGUCCUCUCCACUCUGGGAAUCUUGGACCAUUUGGAAGCAGAUCAAUGCCAAAGGAUGAUCAGUGUGUUUGAUGAAAAUGCAGAUGGACGGAUCGAUUUCAAUGAAUUUGUUAAGCUGCUGGAGUACAGCUUCUGCUGACAUCCAAGCAGUCACCAAUAAAAAUAAAAUAAAAUAGAAGAGCGAGUAGAACCCUGCAUAUGCAUCCU